AUGAGUGAAGAAGGAGGCGAUGAUUCUCCGCCGCGACCCAAGCGUAAAAUCAAAAGGGUGGUGUUAUUGUCGUCAUCAUCGGACUCCGACAGCGAUGAGCGCGUCGGCGUGGCGGGGACACGUAGAAAAAGAUUGAGAGUUAUCAGUGAUGAGGAAGCUAGUGACAGUAGUGGGAGUUCCAUAAUUGUUUCUGGGGCUCAUCGAAGACGAACAUUACCAAAACUUCGUGAUUCUGAAACAGAAAGCGAUAGUUCAGGCUGGGGAAGUGACCGUUCAGGAGCUGUGAAAGCUACAACAUCAGGAACAAAGCCUGCAUCAGGUUUUGCAUCCGAUAGUUCAGAAGGAAAUUCUGAUAAAUGCUCAAUAUGCCUUUUACGAUUCAAAGAUCAACAAGUAGGAACACCAGAGACAUGCGAGCAUAUAUUCUGUUUAGACUGUAUUACAGAAUGGUCAAAUAAUGUCAACACAUGCCCAGUUGAUAGAAUGACUUUUAAUACAAUUAUAGUAAAAGCAUGUGCAGGUGGUCGUGUCUUACGCACUGAACAAGUUAAAGUUGUGGAAAGGAGGCCUUCAAUUGAAGCUCUUGUUACUGAAGAUCUUACAGUGUGUGAGAUAUGUGGGAGCACAGAGAAUGAAGAAACUAUGUUGUUAUGUGAUGGUUGUGACCUCGGCUAUCACAUGCAAUGUUUAUCACCACCACUCACAGAGGUACCUGCAGAUCAGUGGCUAUGCCCCAACUGUGUCACAUCUCUCGACCCAGACAGUCUUAUGGAUGUUAUUGAUAUAUCUGAAGUGGAAGAUCUACUAAAUGGUUUUGAUUAUGGACAGUUACCUGUAGAACCGAGACGUUCAAUAUGGAGACAGCCGAGAAAUGUUCGCAGAUCAUCAAGAAUUAGCAGUAGAGAUCAACCUUCAACUUCUAGUGGCCAGCGGGGCAAUAAUGUUAGUGUACAGGGAUUACCUGCUACAUCCAGAGGCUCAAGGAGUACACAGAGGACUGCCGCCCCUACUGCGACGAGACGUCGAGCCACAACUACACGCAGAAAAUAUAAGAGAAGAAGGACUAAAACUGUAAUUAUAGAGUAUGAAGUUCAGGAGAAUGGAAAGUUCCCCAUCACAAAGAGAGUUAAGAGGAAAGUGAAAAGGAGAAGGGUAAAAAAAAGACAACCAAGAACGGCGGCGCGUCGAUCCUAUGUUAGGGCGAGUGUUCGCGCUAAGUUACAAACUCUGAAAGCAGAUGGCAGAAUAGACCUGGCACAGACAUCUCAUGCUAGUGUUGGUGUGCAGCAGCUGUCCGUCCGUCGCCAGAGAGCCGGCAUCCCAGCACUGAGGCUGUUUGGAAAUCCUAAUGAUUUAGACUACUUUUCAGAUGAAGAUAACGCUAUUUCUGAAGAAGCAUCUACGGCCGUCGCUACGAGACCUAUAUCCAACGUUUUCAGUGUUUAUAGACAGGCUAGAAGAAAGAUGGUGUCAAUACCGUCACCGCCGCAGGCGUCUUCAGCACCGGACAUUCUAUCAAACAUUCUAGAAAGGCAAACUUUAUUACAUUCGAAAAAAUCGAUAAUUUCAAUUUCUGUCGAUGGAAAUGUCGACUAUAAGAUUCAAACGACCGAUCCGGAUAAUCGACAAAAAAAAGAUACUUUAGACCCCAAUCCAGACAAUCGCUCAAAAAAGAAUACUUUAGAAUCCAAGACAGAAGAAAGAGUAGAUCUGUCAAAGGUUAAGGAGGGCGUGAAGAGCGUGCCGUCGUAUCCGGGGCAAAGCCGCGGCGGUGGCGGCGGCGGCUGGGGCGGCGGCUACCGCGGCAACUACUCUCGUGGCGGCUACCAGCACCAGGGCCACCAGUCACACCAGCAGCACCAAUCCCACCAGCAGCACCAGCCGCGUGCCGGCAACUACAACUACUCUAACAAUAACAACAACAUGCGCCGCGAAGACAACGAUUUCUACGACAGCUUCCCGCGACGCCCGCCGCAGUAUUCCAACAACGAGGACUCUUACUACGACCGCCCCCGCCGGCCGACCGACAACCGCGGGAACUACUCGAACCAUCAGCGGUUAAACGAACAAAAUCAGGGCAGGUACAGUGUGGGGCAAGUCUGGCCUCCCUACGGUGGCGGCGCGGCGCCGGCCCCGCGCGGCGAUGUGCCCCCCUCUCAAUCCCGCCACUCAUUCGGGGGUUUCGAGAAUCCCGUCGACAUGAGAAUGGGCCAGAUGCCCCCCACCAACACAAACGUUGAAAUGUUUCCUAGAAUAGAAACCACUCGCCAGGACAAGCCCCAACAGUCGUACCAGUCUCUCCCGGAGCCGCCGCAAGCCUACCAGCCGAUGACUCAACCGCCGGUGUUCAAUUUCCAAAAAAUUGAAGUAGAAAAAUCGGAGGAUGAGAGAAGUGAUUCGGGACUUAUCAUUGACACUGAGAAAUACGAUCCCACGGAACCCACUAAUGAUGAUGACAGCGGAGAAGACGACAAGGUGCCGCCUCCCCCACCCCUGCCCGCGGCGCCGCCCGCCCCCGCGCCCCCCUCGCCACCGCCGCCGCCGCCCGCCGUGCAGACCAUCCUAGCUGGUAUCGACGCAAGCGCGAUGAAUGUGCCACCCAACAUACUGGACACUGCCGUGCGGCAAGUUCUCAAGGAACAUAGGAAUUUAAUAUCUUCACCAAUCGUAGAAUCUCGCCACGAACGCAGCGACGACGACUCGGACGGAGAUUGUCCUAAUUUUUCUAUUUAUUCCGCUACUAGUGUUCACAUAGCUAACAAUACUAGCUCGUUGACGGACGACAUUCCGCUAGAGCAGCCUCAAGACAACCUCGAAGAUUUAGUUCAGGAGGAUGACGAGACGCCGCCACCUACCUCCCCCGUGGUGCCCGAGAGUGUAAAUAUUGAAUCCAAAUCUGACUCAAGUAAAACUCCUGCUAAACCUCAUUAUAGUACUUAUGAAACCGACGAAAAAAAGAAAACAGAGGAAGAGUAUAAAGAAAAGGUAUCUAAAAGAUGCCCGAUUACUACGAACACGCGCAAUCCCAUCAAGAUCAAACUUAACACACCCUCGUUAAUAAAGAGACAAGUGAGUUUAUACGAUGAAGAAGAAAACAGUCAAGAGGUGGAACCUAACGAUAAAGUAGAAGCAACACCUGAAGCACACGAGGAAAAAGCAAAUUGUAAUGUUUCGAGCCCGAAGUGUGAUCCUUCAAAGACACCCGACCGCGAUAACAAAGCCGAGGCGUUAGAAGAGAAAAAACUGCAUGAAACUCAAAGAAAUGAAUGUUUGAGUCCAAAGGAACAUCUUAAUGAUCCAAAUAUAAGUAAAGAUAAAUUUUCAAAUGAAACUUUUAAAAGUGUAGACGUUAAUGAAGAUGAUCUGAAAGCUGAGACGAAGGACGCAGAUGAAGAUGACUUGAAAGAUACGUUAGAAAAUGAAUUUGAGGAUGCGGGGGACGACGCCUCUGAACAUAAUGAAGACAUGGAAGACGAAGGCGACAUCGAUAUACCAGAGGCUGAUGUGGCUGUAGAUACUCCUUCGCCCAAGAAAGACUCUGAAUCCACUAGGAAUGAUGACAACGUCGAAAAAAUGACAGAAUCUAUAAGCGAAACCGAAGACGAGCGUAGUUACACCCCGUGUCUUGAUGAGAACAAAUCCAAUAAGGACGCUUCGUUCGAAAUUGACAAAGACAAGGGAUUAGAAGGACUCGACACUGAGAUGAUUUCAGAGGAUGAAGGAAACGAAAUGUUUUCGGAGAAUGAACGUCCACCGUCAGAGGCGUCGCGUGUAUCCCCGCCACGCGUACCCGCCGGCAGCGAAGACGGUGAGAUAUCGGACAAAAAGAAGGAAAGUAAAAAGUCUACGGUGCGGGAGGACUCCAAGAAAAAGAAAAAGAAAGACUCUAAGAAGGAAGGAAAAGAUAAAAGCAAGAGUAAAAAGAAAGGUGAAAUAUCUUUUAAGAAACUCAGUAAAAGUGGAAAGGAGAGAAAUUAUAGAGAAAGAGAUAAAGAUGACAAAAAGAAUGAGCGCGAGCGACGUGACUCCGGCGAUAACGAGAGCCGCAACCGCAGACGCAAAGAGAAGAGAAAAGAUCUGGAGAGGUACGACGUUAGAACUGUCGUCACCGAGAAGAGAAGGAAACAGAAAGAUCCUUUCGGAAGAGACGUGUCGCCGAGAGGACGCUCGCCCUCGUUGUCGCCGCCACCGCGCUCGCCCUCCGCCUCGCGCCGGCGCUCUCCCUCUUUGCGCCGCUCGCCCUCACGUCUGCGCCGCACGCCCUCCCGCGGGCGGCGCUCUCUAUCCAGAGCUCGGCGGUCACUCUCACGCGUUCACCGGUCCGUUUCACGCGGGCGGCGCUCGCUCUCAAGAGCUCGACGAACAAUAUCGCGCUCGAGGCGCUCUCUUUCUCGAGGCCGGCGCUCGCCCUCGCGCCGUUCCCUGUCGAGGAGUCGAAGGUCUCCCGUGAGAAAGUCCUUGCCGCGGCGCGCGAGCCCGGUCCGAGGUCGCACGCCGCGCGCGUCUCCGCGCCGCCGCAGCGCGCCGCGCCGCAAGCGCCGGCGCUCCGCUUCCGCCAGCCCGCCCCCGCCCCCGCGCCGCGCACCUAAGAAGAAGAAGCGCUCACGCCGCGCGCCGGACUCGGCCGAGCGCAAGCGUCGGCGCAGCGCCAGCCGUGAGCCCUCACCCGCGCCGCCCUCGCCCCGCCCGCCCUCGCCGCGCACGCCGCCGCCCGAGCCCGCGCCCGCCCCCGCCCUGGCGCGCCUGCUGCAGGAUGAGGAGCGCCGCGAGCGCCGCCGCCGGCGCGUGCGUGACGCGCAGGCGCCUUCCAAGGAGGUCUUCACCUCUGGCGACAACAUCCUCGUCAGCGUCAGCUUCAAAGAGCAGGAGCGCGGUGAGGACGGUGAGCGCCGCCGGCGCCGUGAGGGCCGCCGCGAGCGCCGCCGCCGCCGCCGCGUCGCGCCCGAGACCGACCUGCCCAAGCCCGUGGCCAUCAUCGACCUCGACCGCUCGCCCUUCCGCGAGCUGACACCCUCGCCCAAGAAUGUAAUCGUGCUGAGCGACAGUGACCAUGGCGGCGAGCGCGGCGAGGCCACGGCGCCCGCGCCCGCCGCGCCCGAGCCCGCCCCGGAGCCCGCGCCCGCCCUGGGCCCCAAGACGCCGCCCUCGCCCGCGCUGCCCGCGCCGGCGCCCGCCGCGCCCGCGCCCCGCCCGCCCUCGCCCGCGCCGCCCGGCCCGCCCGCCGCGCCGCACUCCGCCGCCAACUCGCCCGACGCCUACGACCCCUUCGAGCCCACGCGCUCCCCCUCCGCCUCGGCGUCCGCGUCGCCGUCGCCGCGCGAGGAGGCGGGCGGCGCGGGGGCGGCGGCGGCGGCUGGCGAGGGCGAGGCGGUGCUGACGCUGGAGGCGGCGCAGCGCAGCAACCUGUCGGCGGACGAGGUGCUGGACCGGCGGCCGCUGACGCCGGUGGAGAAGGUGCUGGCCGCUGCUGCAGUCCACGCGCGAGGCGGCGGCCGAGGAGGCGGCGGAGGAGGCGCCGCCCGCGCCGCGCAUCGUGCUGCCGUCGCCCACGCGCGCGCCGCCCAAGCUGUUCCCGGGCAAGCCGUCGCCCAUCAAGUCCAACCCGGUGAAGCCGAUGCAGGCGCUGCGGCUGCCGCGGCCCGCGCCGCCGCCCGCGCCCGGCCCGCCCUCGGACGGCGGCGCGUCGCCCUACUCGCCGGGCUCCAGCGACUUCGGCGAGCUGUUCGAGCCGCCGCCGCGCCGCACGCGCGCCUCGAGGGUGCCCGUCCGCCUCGACCGCAAGAAAGCGAGCAAGACGCAGGUGGGCGUGAAGAUAGACGACGACAACCUGAAGAUCCUGGACGACCUGCCCAGCUCCGCCGUCGAGAUGCAGGUCAAGAGCAAGUUCCUGAAGAAGCUGAACCGGCAGGAGCGCGUGGUGGAGGAGGUGAAGCUGGUGCUGAAGCCGCACUACAACAAGAAGCGGGUCACCAAGGAGGAGUACAAGGACAUCCUGCGCCGCGCCGUGCCCAAGAUUUGUCACAACAAGUCGGGCGAGAUCAAUCCGACCAAGAUCCAAGCGCUCGUCGAAGCCUACGUGAAGAAGUUCCGGAAAAAGCACAAGCUCGGCGUCGCCUAGCACGCCGCGAGGCCCCCGGGGGCCUGGGGGUCGAUGCUCUGAAGCUCCCGCGCCCGGAGGCCUGGUGGUCGGGGCUCGCGGGACACGCGCCCGGCGGUAUAGCGGUCCGCGGAGACCGACAGAUUAUUGUAAUUAUAAUUUAUCUAAGAACUCUGUAUUUUACU